UGAUGCUUGAGUUAAUCCUCUUAGAAGUGUGGGGGAAUUCUGCGCCUUUUCUCCUGAGAAUCAUAUGACUCAGUCAGCGCCGAGGAGGCGUUCCAUGCGCCGCAGCUGCAAACUCAGCAAGGAGGAGGCAGCCUCCAUGUUCCAGCCAGCAGACAGACCCCCAUGCAACCAAAGCGACCCUCAUGUUCUGGAUGAAGUUUGCUGCGUUUCCGCUUUUACUUUGCAUGGGUUUUCAGUGGUAAAACCCCCACUUUUCAUGUUGCAGCUGUAGGGUAUUUUUGUGUUUUUUAUGUAAAUGUUCAACUCUCUAAAGGAGAAAGGGGAAAACUACUUUAAAACUUAAUUUGCUUUAGUUGCGCGCCGGAGACGAGUUUGGCACACUUUUACGCGCCGACUCCAAACGGUGCGCAAAAGUCUUCCAACAACACUAGAAGAAAUUUCGACAAAAUCAACAACAGAUCUGAUUUAAAACGUCAUUUUUGUCAACUCAAGUUUCCAAACAACAACAUUUUUUUUUUACUCCAAGUCAGUGAAAAGUCCACUUUUGGCGCAUUUCCCUUCAUUUUUUUCCUCCAAACUCCCCGGAUAACUUUCAGUUGGACAUUUUUUGCAGCGUCUGCAGGAAAACCACGUCAUCCGGUGAGACAGCUCCUACAUUUUUUCUCCCCCCCUCUUCUCUUCGCUCUUGGAUCAUCAUCAUCAUUGUGAGGAAAAGCUUAAAGACUUGGAAGCACGCAAUCAUGAUGACUGGAUUUAGACUCAACUUGUCGCCCCUAAAGGAACCUCUUGGCUUCAUCAAACUGGUUGAAUGGCUCACCGCCAUAUUUGCUUUUGGAACCUGUGCCGGAUUCUCAGGGAGGAACAUCAUAUCUCUUUUCUGUGGCGACGGCAGGAACGACACACUCACUGCUAACUUUCACUACCCAUUCAGGUUGAGUCUGAUCCCGCUCAUUGAGGGAAACACCUCCCUCUGCAACCACACAGUCAGUACGACGCAUCUGAUGGGCGACGCCUCCUCAUCGGUGGAGUUCUUCGUAGGAGUCGGCGUCGUCUGCUUCCUGUACUGCAUGGCUGCUCUUUUGGUGUAUCUAGGCUACAUGCACGUCUACAAAGACUCCGACUUUGGACCUAUUUUAGAUUUUGUGAUCACGGCGAUCCUAGUCUUCCUGUGGCUGGUGUGUUCGUCCGCCUGGGCAAAGGGCUUGCAGAAUGUGAAAGAUGCUACGAAUACUGAUGGCAUCGAUGCAACUGUGGCAAUCUGCAAAGGCGGCAACGUCACCUGCGCGGUCACCGAGUUCGCCAACAUGCGGACUCUCAACCUCUCUGUGGUUUUCGGCUACCUCAACAUGCUCGUGUGGGCGGGCAACGCCUGGUUUGUGUACAAGGAGACGCGUUGGCAUUCCCAGAAGUUCGCUUCCCAAUCCGGACCAGGACGGCAACAAGUCCCCGCACCAAUUUAACACCUGAAAAAUCUACACACAACCACAGGCAUAAAGAAAUGAUGAAGUCCCACUUUAGCCACACAUUGAACGCACAUUAUUAUAAGGUAGAAGUUGAAAAAGGAAGGUCAGAUCAGGAGAUUUGUUCUUUUUUUAGCUCAGGACUUCUUCUUCUAAAAGUAACAUCCAAAGCUUAAAUGAGCAUUUUAGAGCCAAAUCAACUUUUUAUGUCAUUAUAUUCCUUGCAUUUUUAUAGCAAACCUUUAUGCAAAGAUGCAAAUUCUUGUCUAUUAUCAAGCAGCUGAAAAAAAAAAUGACAAGACUGUGAAGUUUAUUUUUUCUAGGACCCACUCCGAUCACCUUUAGAUCCACUUUGUGUUAUUUCCUUAUAUGAAAAGUGCUAUAUAAAUAAAGAUUGAUUUGAUUUGAUCCAGUCUAAAAGCACGUCGUUUAAUUACGAUUACUCUGUUUUUAGUCAAAAUCAAAAGUUUUCUAAGACAAAGUUGCUCCAGAGUGGUGGAAGUUCAUCAGAAAUUUGCCUCUGAGUUGUGGGUGGGACCAUUGAGAAACUCCGCCCCCCCUUCCCCUCAAUAUUUCAGAGGAGGAGGAUUGUGGCCCUGCCCAGUGUAUCUUAAAUACACUUUUUCAAACAGUAUUUUUUGUCUGCUCCUGAUUUACAAUAUUUGAAUGAAAAAAAUGCUCAGAAAUAAUAAUAAAAAUCAACAUUUUAAUCGGAGUGGGUCUUUAAGGACCGAAUUUUUGACUAAAUGUUCUAAUUGAUAUUUUUUUCAAACAUCAUCUACAAUAUUUUAAAUUAAUUAUAUUAUUCACUGUGACACAUUUAUCAUAGAUUAAAAAAAGUUAAAUAAAAUAAUUUAGUAAAAAAAAAA